ACCCAAACAUCCAGCCCAAUGGUGCCGACAGAACAGCCUCCAUCCCCUCCGAAGACGCCUCCAAACUUGCGGCAGACCCCAACAUCGAGUUUGAUGCUCUGGGACAGGGCCUAUGACAGUCUCAAACUUGACGAACCCACGAUAAUGCAAAAGUACGAAAUGAUACUGUCCUGUCAAAUAGAGCGCAGCUCCGUAUCCGAAACAGCAGAAUCACAGGCCAACAUCAUUGCCCAAGAUCUCCCAGACAAGAGACGUGAUCAAAUGAAGAAGUUGGUUGUCGACGGCCAGAUGAAGACAGCGCGGGAGGCCGAGAUUAAAGAAACCACUGGGACGGUCUUGCGCGUCGUCACGCAGACGAAGAGCCUCAUUGAUGUGGCUGUUCAGGCCGUGCCGCAGGCUGCCCUCCCCUGGUCCAUCGCCUGCAUCGCCAUUAAGAUGCUCACCAACUCCGUCGAGACAACAGAAUCGCAUCGCAAGGGACUUACGCAUGUCAUCUCUAGGAUGGACUGGUACUGGGCUCUCGCCCAAAGCCUUCUAGAACCUAGCCAUGCCUCCGGCACUAGGCUCGGCUUGGAGAACCAGAUUGUUGAUCUGUACAGGAAAUUGUUGCUGUACCAGAUAAGGAGCAUCUGCUCUUUCUUUGGAAAACGUGGCGUCGUCUUCAUGCGGGAUCUAAUCCAAUUCGACGGCUGGGAGGGCCAACUGGAGUCUAUCCGGAACGCGGAGGAUCAGUUUCGUCAUGACACCAUGACAUAUUCGAUGCUGCGGCAGUAUUCUGGAUUCGAGGAGAUCCGGCACCAACUUGCACAACUUGCGGAAGGCGUCGAGUUCCAGGCCGAGCAGCUGGCCCAUCAGUGCAUGAAAGACUUGCUUCUGACCGAUCCGGAACUUGAUAAAAAGCGCAUCGAGGAUUCCAAGGGGGACCUACUACCUGGCGCCUACCGAUGGGUCCUUAAGGACUCGAACUUUCGACAGUGGCGCGACGGCAGUGGCAGCCAGCUGCUCUGGGUCAAGGGUGAUCCCGGCAAGGGCAAAACCAUGCUCCUCUGCGGCAUUAUUGACGAGCUGCGGCCGGCAGUUCAGUUGACGAAGUUUCUCGUUGCCCACUUCUUCUGCCAGGCGACGGAAGCACGGCUGAACAGAGCCUCGGGCGUGCUGCGAGGGCUGAUAUAUAUGCUCGCCAAGAAGCAGCCUUCACUAGUCUCGCACAUCCAGAAGCAUCAUCAAGACGCCGGUCAAAAGCUAUUCGAAGGUCAUAACGCGUGGUUCGCCUUGCAGGGCAUCCUUCAAGACAUGUUACACAACCUGGCCCCGAAUACCACCACAUACCUGGUCAUCGAUGCACUGGACGAAUGUAAGGAAGACUUGCCUCAACUUCUAAUUAACGGGUUUCCUGUAGCUAACAAUAUCUAG